AACCAUGGUCCUCACAAGCGUGGGAAAGAUGGUUGGCCUCCAGAAGAAGACUUCUGGAAUCAGGAAUAUCUGUAUAUUAGCCCACGUGGAUCAUGGCAAAACUACUCUAGCUGACUGUCUAAUAUCUAGCAAUGGAAUAAUCUCUAGCCGCUUGGCAGGAAAGCUGAGAUAUUUAGACAGUAGAGAAGAUGAACAGAUCCGAGGAAUAACAAUGAAAUCUAGUGCAAUUUCACUGCACUUUGUGAAAGGUGAUCAGGAGUAUCUGAUUAAUUUAAUAGACUCCCCAGGGCACGUGGAUUUUUCUUCAGAAGUAUCUACUGCUGUCCGACUCUGUGAUGGUUGUAUCAUAGUGGUGGAUGCUGUUGAAGGAGUCUGUCCACAGACUCAAGCAGUUCUACGGCAAGCAUGGCUAGAAAAUAUACGCCCAGUAUUGGUGAUUAAUAAAAUCGAUCGCUUGAUUGUGGAACUCAAGCUCACCCCUCAGGAAGCAUACUUGCACCUUAAGAAUAUCUUAGAACAGAUCAAUGCAGUCACUGGAGCACUCUUUACCUCUAAAGUCUUAGAAGAAAGAGCUGAGAAAGAAACGGAAAGUGAAAGUAUUUCAGACACUGCGCCAGGAGAUCAAAUUUAUGACUGGAGUGCUGGAUUGGAAGAUACUGAUGAUUCACAUCUUUAUUUUUCACCAGACCAUGGAAAUGUGGUGUUUGCCAGCGCAAUUGAUGGUUGGGGUUUUGGCAUUGAGCAUUUUGCCAGACUGUACAGCCAAAAGAUUGGAAUCAAGCCUGCAGUUCUUCUGAAGACUUUAUGGGGAGAUUAUUAUCUAAAUACAAAAGCAAAGAAGAUAAUGAAAGGUGAUCAGUCAAAAGGAAAGAAACCUUUGUUCGUGCAGUUGGUGCUGGACAACAUAUGGAGUCUGUACGAAGCUGUUAUGAAAAGAGACAAAGAAAAAAUUGAAAAGAUAGUCACCUCUUUGGGAUUGAAAAUUGGUGCACGGGAGUCACGGCAUGCAGACCCUAAAGUUCAUCUUAAUGCCAUUUGUAGCCAGUGGCUACCAAUAUCUGAUGCAGUCCUCUCCAUGGUGUGUAAUAAACUUCCCAGUCCUCUUGAGAUCACUGCAGAGAGAGUGGAAAAGCUGAUGUGUGUUGGAGCUAGAACAUUUGAUUCUUUGCCACCAGAAACUCAGGAACUGAAAAGUGCUUUUAUGAAAUGCAGUAGUGAAGGAACGGCCCCAGUUAUUGUAUUUGUUUCCAAAAUGUUUGCUGUUGAUGCAAAGGCAUUACCACACAAUAAACCAAGGCCUUUAACUCAAGAAGAAAUAGCUCAUCGGCGUGAACUUGCGAAACGAAGGCAUGCAGAAAAAUUGGCAGCAAAUCAAGGAAAGGAGCUGUCAGAAAAGCCCCCAAGUGAAAAUUUGUCUGAAGUAACUGGAAACACUGGUGAUACGAAAGGUGAAGAGCAACAGCUCACUGGUCAAGUAGAUAUCAUGACCUCAAAGGCAAUGAAACAGGAAGCAGACAACAAGGAGUCUUUCAUUGCUUUUGCUAGAGUGUUCAGUGGUGUGGUGCAACGAGGGCAAAAGAUCUUUGUUUUAGGACCUAAAUAUGAUCCUGCUGAGUCUUUGCAUAAGCUGUCAUCCCAGUGUUCUGCUACAAAUGAUCUGCCAUUAGUUCCUCAUAUGACUUGCUGUACAUUGGAGAAUCUCUACUUGCUUAUGGGAAGAGAGCUUGAAGAUCUUGAAGAAGUACCUGCAGGAAAUGUUCUGG